GAUGUCACGGCGCCAGCCCGCCGCGGAGACCCCGGCCUACGAGCCCAGGGGGUGUCCCAACGGGGCCUCCCCUCGCCGCCGUACUCCGCUGCUGCCCCGGCUGUUCAUGCCCGACCUCCGUACCGGGCGAGAAUCAGCCGGCAUGUGGUGGCAGGACUGCGAGCGCCUGCCCUACCUGUCCCCCGGGAUCCCGUACGGGCCGCGGGGCCGCGGGACUCUGCGCGCGCUGCUGCUGCCGCCGCUGCUGCGGUCUGGCACGGCCCAGGGGGCGGGGGCCCGGGGGACACGGCAGCCCGCGACCCGCGACAACCCUGACACCUUCGGCGGGCUGCUGGGAAAGUUUCUGCCCACCAAGUUCCGCGACUUCCUGCACCAGCUGCGCGCCAAGAGCGCGGAGCCGGAGGCGCACCCACCCUCAGCGCCACAGUACCCCAAGGGUGCAUCAGAGCACUACCAAGAUUUGUGUCCCAGCUGCUCAUUCCUCCCAGACCUGUGGGACCAAUCAUUGCACUCAGAGGACAGUUUUAAAGAGAAGGCUACCCUGGGGCCCCCAAGAAGUGAAUUCAUCACAGCCAGAAAGGCCAACCCCCCCUCUGGAGAAGGCUCCAGGCCUCGCAGACGCUACUGUCCUUUCCGGGUGCGCUUUGCCGACGAGACCCUGCAGGACACGGCACUCCGCUAUUGGGAGCGCAACCGAGCAGUCCGGCAGAAUAUCUUUCCAUGUGAGCAGACGACUUUGCCGGCUGUGUCGGUGUCAGAGCGGGUGCUUGGAAGUGUCGGGAGAUGGCUGGAGAGUCUGCCCAGAGCCCUGUGUCCCAGGGCCCAAGACACUGUGGCCGGCUCCUCGUGCUGGAACUGCCCCCGAGUGUCAGCUCAGGAACCACAGCUCUACCUUUCUGAGGAUGCCACCAUGAGCAGCCGCCUACCCUUCAUCUCCAGGGCCACCACCUUGCCAAGGCCACGGGGAGGCCUCAGGACCUUCCUGGACACCCCUAACACUAUGGAGCAGGAGUCCUUUCUGCCCAGCUUGGUGCUGCAAUCCGUCCUGAGGAGAGGCCACCCUAAGGGCUACCGGCUCCUGCCGUCCACAAACCGGCAGCAGGCUCAGAGGUGGAUGCCUGCUGGAGGCCCAGCCCAGGGGUGUGACCAGGCCAGGCAAUGAGAAGCCUGCUCCCUCACCCCACAAAUAAACACACCUCCCGGGU